GGAGGGCCGGGAUGCGGCUCGCUGCGGAUGCGGGCCGGGAUGCGGCUCGCCGGGACCGCCGGGGGGGGUCGGGCUGCCGGGGGAGCUCCGAGCAUCCCCCCGGUACCGGGACGGCUCCGAGCCCCCGCCCGCCUCAUGGGGGGGGGCUGUGGCUCUCGGGGGGUUUAGUGUCACCCUCCCCCCGCCCCGGACAGCCCCGAGACCCCCGGGAUGGCGCUGGCAGCCGGCUCCGUGUGUUCCCCCCCCCAACCGGUGACAUCCCCGGUGUCACCCCCAUCCUGGGAAGGGGUUUUGCCCCCCUUCCCCCCUUGCCAGGCCCGUGCCCCCCCCAGCACGGCAGGGGGGUGGCGCAGCUCGCAGCCUUUGUGUCGCUGUCCCCACGCUGCCGUUGGGGUCCCCUCCCCCGCGUGGCGCUGGGCCAGGUGACAUCCCCUGAUCGGGGUCCCCGGGGCGCGGGGCGCGGGGGGGUGGCAAGGCCUGGUGGCAGCUGUGGCACCGAGCGGGGCUCCUGCCGGCGGCUGGGUGACCCACUUCGUGCCCCCCGGGACACCGUUCGGUGCCCGCCGCGCCGCAGCUCCGGUGACCUUAGCCCGGGAGCCAAGAUAAACUCUUCGGGAAGCGGCUGCUCCAGGCCGGGCGCUACAUCAUGUCCCACAAGGCCUGGAUGAAAACCGUGCCCACGGAGAACUGCGACGUGCUGAUGACAUUCCCGGACAGCACGGAUGACCACACGCUGCUGUGGCUGCUGAACCACAUCCGCCUGGGCAUCCCCGAGCUCAUCGUGCAGGUGCGGCACCACCGGCACACGCGCGUCUACGCCUUCUUCGUCACCGCCACCUACGAGAGUUUGCUGCGCGGGGCGGACGAGAUGGGGCUGCGGAAGGCGGUGAAGGCGGAGUUCGGGGGCGGCAUGCGCGGCUUCUGCUGCGAGGAGGAGUUCAUCUACGAGAACAUCGACAACGAGCUCGGCUUCUUCAGCUCCCAGGAGCGGCAGAGCAUCAUCCGCUACUGGCUGGAGAACCUGCGGGCCAAGCAGGGCGAGUCCCUGCACAACAUCCACUUCCUCGAGGGCCAGCCCAUCAUCCCGGAGCUGGCGGCCCGGGGGGUGAUCCAGCAGCUGUUCCCGCUGCACGAGCAGAGGAUCCUCAAGCGCCUGAUGAAGUCCUGGGUGCAGGCGGUGUGCGAGGCGCAGCCCCUCGAUGACAUCUGUGACUAUUUUGGGGUGAAGAUCGCCCUGUACUUCGCCUGGCUGGGCUUCUACACCUCGGCCAUGGUGUACCCGGCCGUGUUCGGCUCCAUCCUCUACACCUUCACCGACAGCGACCAGUUGGUGCCGUCUGUCCCCCAGACCAGCCAGGACAUCUCCUGCGUGGUCUUUGCCAUCUUCAACGUCAUCUGGGCCACGCUGUUCCUGGAGGAGUGGAAGCGCCGCGGCGCCGAGUUCGCCUACAAGUGGGGGACGCUGGACACGCCCGCCGAGUCCCUGGAGGAGCCCCGGCCCCAGUUCCGGGGCACCAAGCGGAUCAGCCCGGUGACCAGCGCCGAGGAGUUCUAUUACCCGCCCUGGAAGCGCCUCCUGUUCCAGAGCCUCGUCAGCGUCCCCGUGUGCCUGGCCUGCCUCGCCCUCGUCUUCCUCCUCAUGCUCGGCUGCUUCCAGCUCCAGGAGCUGGUGCUCAGCAUCCAGGAGCUGCCGCGCGUCCUUCGCUUCCUGCCCAAGAUCAUCCUGGCCAUCAUUGUCACUGCCUGUGACGAGCUCUACAAGAAAGUGGCCUUGUGGCUCAAUGACAUGGAGAAUUAUCGGCUGCAGAGCGCCUACGAGAAACACCUCAUCAUCAAAAUGGUCCUGUUCCAGUUCGUCAAUUCCUACCUGAGCCUUUUCUACAUUGGGUUCUACCUCAAGGACAUGGAGCGCCUCAAGGAGCUCCUGCUCAUCCUGUCCCUGUCGCAGAGCCUCGCGCGGCAGCUCCGGGAGGCUCUGCUCCCCUCCAUCCUCCUCCACCUCCACCUGUCCCUCAUCUUCCUCAGGCGCCUCCUGCGCUUUUGCUGGACCCUGGCACUAUCCAAAAUGCUGGCCACGCUGCUGAUCACGCGGCAGUUCCUGCAGAACGUGCGGGAGGUGUCGCAGCCGCACCUGUACCGGCGCCUCCGCCGCGGGGACCUCUCGGUGCGCAGCCUGCGGCAGCUCGGCCGCGCCCUGCUCCGCCUGCUCGCCCCGCGGCCACCCCCGCACGCCCCUCCGGAGGGGCCCCGCGGCGAGAAGAAGUGUCUGAACGGGGGCUGCGGGGUGCCCGAGGAGGAGGAGGAGGAGGAGGAGGAAGAGCGGCGCGGCUCGGACUCGGACUCGGAGGGCGCGCUGGACUGCGGGCUGAAGCUGAAGAAGGUGAGCUUCAUCGAGCGCGGCGAGCGGCGCGCCGAGCCCGCGGGCCCCGAGGACGAGCCCUUCCUGGAGGAGGGCAGCCCCACCAUGGUGGAGAAGGGCAUGGACCCCGCGGCUGUGUUCGAGCUCUGCGAGGAGGAGGAGGAGGCCGAAGCGCAGCCCGGCAGCCCCGGCAGGGCGGCGGAGCCGGCGGUGCUGGCGAGGAGGAGGAGGAGGGAGGAGGAGGAGGGCGAUGAGGAAGGGAGGAAGCGCAACCGCGCCUCGUGGAUUGACCCGCCCGAGGAGGAUUACUCCACGCAGCUGACCCAGGCUGAGGUGGAGAGCUGCAUGAAGAAGUACGAGGACACUUUCCAGGACUACCAGGAGAUGUUCAUCCAGUUUGGCUACGUGGUGCUCUUCUCCUCGGCCUUCCCGCUGGCGGCCGCGUGCGCGCUGCUCAACAACGUCAUCGAGAUCCGCAGCGACGCCUUCAAGCUCUGCACCGGCCUGCAGAGACCCUUCGGGCAGCGCGUGGCCAGCAUCGGCCACUGGCAGAAGGUGAUGGAGGCCAUGGGCGUCCUGGCCAUCGUGGUCAACUGCUACCUGAUCGCGCAGUGCGGGCAGCUGCAGCGCCUCUUCCCGGGGCUCAGCCCCGAGGCCGCCAUCGUCUGCGUCGUGGUGCUCGAGCAUUUUGCGCUGCUCCUCAAGUAUGUCAUCCAGGUGGCCAUUCCCGACAUUCCCGCCUGGGUGGCCGAGGAGAUGGCCAAGCUGGAGUACCAGCGUCGCGAGGCCUUCAAGAAGCACGAGCGGCAGGCCCAGCACCACUUCCAGCAGCAGCAGCGCCGCAAGCGCGAGGAGGAGGAGCGGCAGCGCCACGCCGAGCUCCAGGCGCGCCGCGACCGCGACCCCGCCCGCGACGAGGCCACCAAGGCCGAGGCCACCGGGCAGGACCCGGCGCACGACAAGGGCCAGGCCAAGGGGAAAAGCUCCGGCGGCUCCUCCGCGCACGGCCCCGACAAACCCAAGCGGCCCAGUUCGCUGCUGGCCACCAACAACGUGAUGAAGCUGAAGCAGAUCAUCCCCCUGCAGGGCAAGUUCCUGUCCGGGGGCACCAGCGCGGCUGGCACCGCCACCGCCAGGUCGCCGCAGUCGCCCACGGGCAGCGAGAACAAACUGCCGGGAUUCCUGAGCUUCAAAUUCCUCAAAUCGCCCGAGACUAAGCGGGACGCGGGCACCGAGAAGGUGCAGUCGCCCACCAAGCCCUUCAACCCCGGCAAGCUCUUCAAUUUCGGCAAGUCCGAAGGGCUCGGUGCCAACGGCGGCGCGGCCGGAGCGUCCCCGCAGCCCCGGGCGGUGCCCUCGGCGGACGCGGGGCCCGGGAAGUCGCACCUCAACGAGGAAGGGGCGCGGGAGGAAGCGGAGACCCGGGCGGAGGAGGAGGGCGGCGGUGCUCGGCUCUGACCGGGGGCUCCGGGGGGUCGGGAGGAGCCGGGCGGGGGAGGACAGCGGCGGUGCCCGGUUCUGAGCGGGGCUCCGGGGGCACGGGGAGCCGGGGAACCGGGCGGAGGAGGAGGAGGGCGGCGGUGCCCGGUUCUGAGCGGGGCUCCGGCGGUUCCGGGAGCCGCCCGGUCCCUGCUGCGCGCGGCCGUGGCCGUCGGGAGCCUCUCGCCGCCGCUCGCCCGCGGGGCCGGCCCGGGGGCCGCCGGCGCCGCGCUCCGCUCCGGUGCUCUGUGCUGUGUCCCCCCGGGCUGUGUGCCCCCGGGUCCCCCCGGCCCCGCCGCUCGGAGCCGCCGCCACCGCCCCGGGAGCCGCGGGGGGACAGCGGGGGAGGCCUGAGAGCGGCGCGGCGGCGAAAUCCCGGCACCGGUGGCACGGCGCGAGUUAUCCCGGUGCGACCGGAACAUCCCGGUGCGGCUGCAGCAUCCUGAAACUUCAUAGGCUCACCGGGAGCAGUUAUCCCGGUUUUCCGUGGGCACCGGGAGCGGUUAUCCCGGUUUUUGGAGCAUCCCAAACUCCCCCACACCCCGUUUCCCCCAGAGACGCCGCGCUCCAGCCUUUGGAUCCUUCGGGAGCCACAUCCCGCUCCUGGAAUUCCCGGGAUCCCCGGGACGAGCCCGAUUCAGCCGUGCCUCAACCCUGCUCCGCCCGCUCCCCCCGCCUGGAUCCCGGAUCCCAGUCCCAAAUCCCGGAGGUCCUUCCCGGGAGUUUUCCAGCCGGGAACGGGGCGCAUUUCCCGGGAAUGCCGUGCAUGGGCAGCGUUUCUUGCACUAAACCCCAGCCCCGAGCCCGCCGCCGGUGCCGCUUCCCCCAAAUCCCAGCGGGACCUUCCCGGCUCCAGCUCCGAAUUCCCUGGAAUUCUGUCGCAAUAAGGGGCGGGACAAGGAGGGGACAUGGGGAGGGACAAAGGGGGAGGGGGUGGGAGCCGCUUCGCUGCUGCCGCGGGAAGGAAUUCCUGGAUUCCCUGGAUUCUCUGGAUUCCCGGGAUCGGCUUUUCCAGCGGGAUACAUGCUGGGAAUGCGCUCCCUCUUUUCCCUGCUUCGCUUCGCGGGGUUGGUGGCACUUGGGGACAUCCAUUCCCAAAGGGAAAAAUCUGGGAAAAGAGGGAAAAGCUGGGAAAAGGGAGGGGGGGAGUGGUCCCAAGUCUCCUCCUGUUCCCUCUUCCCAAAAAUAAGGUUAGAAUUUUUUGGGGUUUUUUUUCCCCCCCUCCUCUUUCAAAAAAAUCCAUGGAAAUUCAGAGAAUCCAUGGAAUUUGGAAGAACGCAUGGAAUUUUGGGGUUUGGGGUUUUUUUGGGAUCCCAAAUCGAAGCCAUUUUCCAGAGCAAUAAGGGCAGGAAAAUCCGGGAUUCCCAAAGGAAAAGGCUCAGAGGUUGAAAAAUCCCAGUGGGAUUGGGGAGGCUUGGGAUCAGGGAGGGAAAUUUGGGAAUGUGGGAAUUGGGGAUGGGAAAUUAGGGAAUUGGGGAUGGAGAUUGGGAUUAAGGAUGGAGUUUGGAAAUGGGAGUGGAGUUUGGGAAUUGGGGACAGAUUUUGGGAUGGGAGAUGGAGAUUUGGGAACAGGGAUGGAGUUUGGGAAUGGGGGUGGAACUUUGGGAUUGGGGAUGGGGAUUUGGGAACUUGAGAAGAUUUGAGAAUAGGGAAUGGAACCUGGGAACAGGGAAGGAGAUUUGGGAAUUGGGGAAAUUUGGGAAUAGAGGAGAUUUGGGAAUUGGGGAUGGAGAUUUGGGAAUAGGGAAGGAGAUUUGGGAACGUGGAUGAAGGAGGAUCCCAAUCCCCCCACCUGCCCUGGCCUGGAAUAUCCCAGAGAGGUCCUGGGGCAAUCCCGGGAAAAGGGAGCCCUGGGAAAGUCGGGAAUCCCGGGAAAACGAAAUCCCAGAAUUCCAGGAGGCUCCGGCUCCUCCCCCUCCCUCAUCCCAAGGGAUUUUCCCAAAAAACCCCGGGAAUGGCUUUGAUCCCAUUUCCCUCUGGAGCAGAGAAUUCCCAGAGGGAAAAGCCCCAAAUCCGGGGAAUUUUCAUCCCUUUCCCAAAAAAAACCAACAACAAAAAAUCUCUGGAAUUUCAGAGGAGGGAAAAAUUCGGGAAUGGUUUUUCCUUUGAUUUUUUCCCUUGGAGUGGGAAUUCCGUGGGAAUUCCAGGAAAGGAAGGGAAAGGAGGGGGGAUGGGGGGGGUUAAUUUAUUUCUUUUUAAUUUAUUUUUGUAAAAUCCGCAAUAAAAAAGAAAUCUAUUUCAACAGC